CAGUGCCAGCUGAUUGAGGUAAAGGUGGAGUGGUGGGGGGCAAGGUCAUUAUCAGCUGUUAGUGGCAACCGCUGCCAGUAGCAAUCUUCUUCUUCUGCUCUCCUCUGGGCCACCUCUCUUGUCCUCGUUGGAAACGGUGCUUUUCAACAUUGAGAUGGAUACAUGGCAAAGGCUGGUGACCUCAUACCUCGUCCUGCUGUUAUGCCUCGGCGUCAGCCAUCAGAGCACGAGGCAACGUAGGCAAGGCCUUAAUCUCGCUAGCAGUGAGCCGUGUAGGACGCCACAAAAUGCCGCCGGCGUUUGCGUGGACAUCAAAGAUUGCUCAGUGCAUCUCGAUUACCUCGUGAACAAGCGAUGGCAACCUGGAGUCAAAGAAUAUCUCCAAGCAGCACUUUGCUACAAGCAAGGUUCCCAAGUAUACACCUGCUGUCCGAUUGAGAAAAGAGUAAGUUUUGAGACUAACAAGGGUGGGAGUGACUGCCAAACGCCCCGUGAGUCGCCUGGCCGUUGCGUGAAUAUUAGGAAGUGCAACGAGUUACUGGAUCUGCUGGUGAAACGGGAACAGACAGAGUACCUGAAGUCUUCCCUGUGUGGAUUCGAAAACAGAGAUCCCAAAGUGUGCUGUCCCUUGGGAUCAAACAUAGAGCAGCCAAAGCCUGAGCGCCAGCCAGAGAGACGAGAGGCACUUCCAGGACGUGAUGUCUGUGGUGUAUCAGAUUUCCCCAACAACAGGGUGGUCAACGGCCAGCCAGCAGCGCUCGGUUCUUGGCCUUGGAUGGUGGCUCUGGGGUACAGGUCACCCAGGAAGCCACUGGACUGGCUGUGUGGAGGCUCUCUAAUCUCUGACAGAUAUGUGGUCACAGCUGCUCACUGCAUCACCAACAUUGGCAGCAGAACCAUGUACGUGGCAAGGCUAGGUGAUCUAAAUCUGGACGACAAGGUUGCAGACAGAGCAUCUCCCAUCGAUGUACCAGUAGAGCGAGCCAUUGCCCAUGAAAACUACAAUGCAGCCCUCCAUACAGUGGACAUUGGCCUCGUCAAACUCAAAAACCGAGUUCAAUAUUCAAAUCUUAUCCGUCCUAUCUGUCUACCAGCAGCUGACACCUUUGGGUCUGACCUGUACGGAUACUCCCCUUUUGUUGUUGGAUGGGGAGCAACUGCUUAUAGGGGCCCUACUGCUACUCACCUUCAGGAAGCCCAGAUAGAUAUCACAGACUUGGACACCUGUUCAAACGCCUACAGGAGUAUCAAGGGAGCCACGAUAGACGACAGGGUCAUCUGUGCUUUAUCCCCUGGAGGUCAAGAUGCUUGUCAAGGAGAUUCAGGAGGUCCUCUGAUAUUACCCAAGCGGAUAAACGAUAAGAUUAACUUCUACCUCCUGGGAGUGGUAUCGUACGGAUACAAGUGUGCUGAGCCCGGGUACCCCGGCAUUUACAGCAAGGUGGCUUUAUACGUUGAUUGGAUCAAGAAGAAUAUGAGCGACGACAGGACUAAGAAGCCCUCUCUAACACUUAACCUGGAGAACUACGGUUUAAAAGUGCCCGCUGAAAGUUUCCCAGUUCUGGUGUUCUUGGUAUUAACACAGACGUCUAAGCCAUCCCAAGUCAUGGAGACAUCAUAUCUGCUAGUGUCCUCUUAUGUUCUCCUGAUGUUCUGCCUUGGACUCAGCCAUGAGAGUACGAGACAGCGUAGGCAAGACAGUUUUGACAGCUGUCAAACGCCUAGUGGGUCGCCUGGCCGUUGCAUUAAUAUUAGGAACUGUUCCGAAUUAUGGGAGCUGCUGGUGAAAAAUGAACAGAUACCGCACAUAAGGUCUUCCCAGUGUGGGUUCGAGAACACGGAUCCCAAAGUGUGCUGCCCCUCUGGAUCCGGCAGAAGCGUAGCACUUCCAGGACGUAAUAUCUGUGGUUUGUCCCGCGCCAGCGGUCGAAGAGUAGUCAAUGGGUAUGCAGCUACACUCGGUACGUGGCCUUGGAUGGCGGCUCUGGGGUACAGGACACCGAAAAAGACAUUCAAAUUGGUCUGUGGAGGCUCUCUGAUAUCUGACAGAUACGUGGUUACAGCUGCUCACUGUGUUCGCGCCAUUGGCGACGGCUCCUUGUACGUGGUAAGGCUAGGUGAUCUGGACCUGGACGACACGGUGGCAGACGGAGCAUCUCCCAUCGAUGUACCAAUAGAGCGAGCCAUUGCAUACGAUAACUAUAAUAAUACUACCCAUUCAGGAGACAUUGGUCUGGUGAAACUCAAACACCGUGUUCAAUAUUCGACUCUCAUUCGUCCCAUCUGUCUGCCAGAAUCUGACACCUUUGGUUCUUCCAGCCUGGUCGGAAAAUCCUGUAAUAUUGCGGGGUGGGGAAGAACGGCUCAUAGAAACCCAAAUGCUGUUGUUACUCGUCUUCAAGAAGCCCGCGUAGAUAUCACAGACAAUAACAACUGUUCAAACGCUUACAGACGUUUUAAUAAGACUGUAAUAGACGACGGGGUCAUCUGUGCCAUCUCUGCCAUAGGUCAAGAUGCUUGUCAAGGGGAUUCAGGAGGUCCUCUGAUGUUAAUCUCGUCGGUAGGUGGUAGCUUCAACUCCUACCUCCUUGGAGUGGUGUCACAUGGAUUCAAGUGUGCAGAGCCAGGGUAUCCUGGCGUUUAUUCUAAAGUGAUGUUUUACAUGGACUGGAUCAAGAAGAAUAUGACUUGAUUCAAAUGGACAUUGAUAAGCUAAAGGAUUAAUCCAAUUUAAGCAUGUAUUUAUAAUAAUUAAUUGUAAUUUAAACUGUAAACAUUUGAAAAAUCAAGGCAAGAAGAAUAAAAUAUAGCAUUAACCAAUUUUAAAAAUAAACUCUAAUUUUCCUAUUAAA